GGAAUUAAUCUUAAUAAUUAAAUAAUUAAUUAUACCGCUGGGAUAAAAGCGCCGCUUAUCCUUCUUCGCCCGUUUAUUUACCCCCUGCGCCUCUCCUCUCGUUCCCUUUUAUUCGACGGAGAGCCGAGUAAUCCUCAAGGGAAUCAGUGUUUGUUCUUGGGUUUUCGGUGGAAAGUUCUGGAGACUAGAGGGCUUUAGAAUUGUUUGGAAUCAUCUGAAUGGUAAUCGUAAUUAGGGAAGAAGAACAUCUCUUCUACUAGAUUCCCAUUCUUCUAUGCUGCUCUGAUCAGCGAAAAGAAGCAAACUUGGGUCGGAAUUUGUGGUGUUUCCGACCGUUCUAGUCGGCAUCAGGCACCAUGAGCUUUGUCUUCCGGGGCAGCAGGGCCGACCCCGAAAUGGGGUUACCAAGUUUCGUUCCAGAGCGGCGCGCCAUACGAAUUCAUGCAGGAACUCGGCCAGUUAAUACCAAUUCUAUGGCUUUUCUCGUCACAGUUCUCCUGCUCUUCAUGAUACUCAACUCGCAUCAGAUGUCGCCAAACUUUCUGCUUUGGCUAGUGCUGGGUGUGUUUCUAAUGGCCACCGGCCUUAGGAUGUAUGCUACAUGUCAGCAACUUCAAGCACAAGCCCAAGCUCAUGCGGCAGCUGCUGCAAGUGGCUUGCUUGGCCAUACUGAGCUUCGGUUGCAUGUUCCACCUUCAAUAGCAUUUGCAACAAGAGGGCGCCUACAAAGCCUCAGACUCCAACUUGCUCUUCUCGACCGAGAGUUUGAUGAUUUAGAUUACGAUGCUUUGAGAGCCUUAGACUCUGAUAACAGUCCUCACUCUCCUUCUAUGACCGAGGAAGAGAUAAAUGCUCUUCCUGUUCAUAAGUACAAAGGUCAGUCGAAUCGGGGAGCUUCCUCUACCCGACAAAGUGAUGUAUCAUCUGCGCAACAGGGUCCUUCAUCUUCAGGAUUUGUGAAUGAGAAAAGGCAAGAGAAUGGCAAACAGGAUGGGACUAACAAAACAGCAGAAGAUGAACUCACAUGCAGUGUUUGCUUGGAGCAAGUCAAUGUGGGAGAACUAAUAAGAAGUCUACCAUGUUUGCAUCAGUUUCAUGCUAACUGCAUCGAUCCAUGGCUACGUCAACAAGGUACAUGCCCUGUAUGUAAACAUAGGGCAGGUUCUGGAUGGCAAGAAAGUAAUAAUGGUGAAGCGGAUGCUUCUUUUAUGGUUUAGCUACUGCUGAAUGCCCCCACUUGAGUUACUAACAAGCGCCUGGAAAUCAUUUCGCAGGGGGGUCUCUCUACGAGCAUGUAAUCUGUCUAUCUGAUUAAUUUAGCAAUAUGCCUAUGCAUCUACAAACUGGUUAUCUCUAAUAUUAAUGAAUACCAUACUUUUCUUUGUGGAUCAUAAUGCGAAUGACAAGGUAAAAGCUCAGAAUCCAAAAGUAUGUGUUCUCAAGAUGGAAAGCUGAUGUGUACCACAAUUUUGGCUUCAUUUGUGGUCUUACAUAGUUUUAUUAUAGAUAUUUAAGGUUUUCUGUAAUUUAUGAAAAGGAUAAAAGAAGUGCGAAUCCUCUGUGGCAACACUACAAAUUUGUCUAUUUCGGUGAUCGGUGAUCAGCAGGACUCUGCUCCUCGUCAUCUGAACCAUUAGGGUUUACAUUGAAAUUUGUGGGCUAGUCAAUAUAUGUUGUGUUACAGAAGUUGUAAAUUUACUUUCUAAUUUGCACAUCUGAUUCUUUAUGUAAAAGUUGAACCUUCCCUGUC